GGUACGUGUACGUGUGUGUGGUUAAAGUCGAUAAACUGUCCAGUCGAGGCUAUCGCUCAUAGUAAUAACUUGUGUAGUCGUUGUUGCAUGGACUAUCGAUGUUAGGAAUUCUCGGUUGAACGUUUAUAGCGGUCGACGACGUUUUCAAACGGUGAAAGUGAAAUUCUUCCUUCGGUACACGGUUGCAGCGUUCCAAUCCUUCGCACUUUCGCGCCCGUUCACCCUUUCGUACAUUCCGGUCUCUUGUACGUUAUCUGCAUUCGUACUUAAUUUCCAUAGGACGGCGGUUCACGCAAUGUCUUCGAUAUAAAUAUCUAUCCGGUAAACGAUCGUCGUUCACGACGGAGAACGCACGAAAGGAAAACGCGUGGCUGGUUUCUAUGAUAUAAGAAAGUUUGAUCGAUGCUUGCAACCUCUAACUCUAACCGACUAACAUGUAGUAGUACGAACGACAGUCGGUAAAGGCAGACGAGAUGCCGAGGAAAGGGGUUAAGCAUCCGUACGGGUGGACGUUGGUCGACGAAAAUAUCGAAAAUGUAGAACGCGUGAAGCUCGAUCCCGAGACGCAACGAGAACUGGGUUGUUUGGUCGGCGAACACGUGUUCCUGGAAUAUCCGUGGGCGUAUGUGCAUCGAGACGUUGUCGCGAAGUUCGCUAAAUUACCAGACUCCUCGCUAGCGGUAUUUCGAGAGAAAAUCGAAGCCUAUGAGACUGACGCGUUUCUCGUGGGCUAUUCCUCUGUUAGAUUAAGCUCCGACGAGUUCGUGAUUUGUCUCACCGAUGAAGCGAAACAGCACGUUGAACAACGAAACAAGGAUAUCGGCGCCAUUGUUUGGCGUAAAGUUGUCGCCAAGGUGGUAAAAGCCGCGAGGCUAUGGAACACGUUGGGUAGUGACUCGGAAGUAGAUGAAAGCUUCGUGAAAAAUACUAGAGCAUUUUUCGAGAUAGAGAUCGUAUUGCCCGGAAGAGUGCUGAACUCUGCUCGAACGUUAUGCGAUAGAGGCGCGAAUGAUGCUAGAGACAGCUAUAUGGAGCUCGUAAACGAAGACGAGGAGGAAUUCAAGAACGUGGAUAGAAGAUGCAUCUCUAGAUCCGUUCAGACUAAUCUUCCACCGCGUGAAACAUUCGUCCAAACGUAUCCUGAAUAUCCUAAAAAUGCUUGGACUCAAUACGUGUACGAAGAUAUUUUAAAGGAGGUAUGCACGAUCGAAGAUAUCGAUGACGAAGAACAGCCGAAAGAAGAAUCGGAACGGAACGAUGAUGACCGGUCGCCAGGAAAAGAAACUAUUCGAAGCAAAGAGAACGACGAGGAGCCCAGAGGAAAAACGCCUCUGGAAUUAUUCCUAGAGGCUCGUUCGCAAGAAAUGAUAGACGUCGUUAAAUAUAACGCUGCAGUGAAUUUGUACGUAGACGAUAUCGAAAGUUUGUCUGGGCAAAAAGACGAAAUCGCAACGAUUUCCGAAGUGCCUACAUUUUACGAACAGGUGUCGUUCGUCGAUUUAGAACUCACUGCCAGUAAAGCCGUUUCACACGUCUCGUUGCAUCCAAGAUUAACAGAGUACCUAGCGAUCUCGUAUAUCGCGGUUUCGAAUCGAACUUGGAGAAGCGAGUGUACAAGCGAGGGCGAGUUUCAAAUUAGAGCGCUUCUUUGGAAAUUGAACGAUCCGCUUCGCCCGCAGCUUGCAUUUGCGGAUCACAGAGAAAUUUAUUCCGUUUGCUUUUGUCCGUACGACGACAAUCUCGUCAUAGGAGGCUGUUCCACCGGUCAAGUGAUUAUUUGGAACACGAGAGAUUAUUUGAACAAUCGUCACGACAAAAAUACGAAACUUGGAACCUCGGCGCGAAACAACUUGCCAGUGCUUAGGCCAAUUAUUGUGUCGGACAAACACCGCUCUCAUCGCCUACCUGUUCGAAAGAUUCGUUGGAUAUCUGCCAAAUACAGGACAGAGCCAAAUGGAAACUUGACAAAAUCGUUCAUUUCUUCCGACGUGGAGUUUCUAACCGUUUCCGAGGAUGGCACAGUGGCCGUUUGGAAUGUUCCUCUUCGUUCGGAAUUCCUCGUAAUCGGUCACGAUGCCGAAGAUUCAGGCGAACCGUUCCGACCGAUUUUUCGUUUAAAGAUUCCGACUUUGAGCGAAGACUCACGGGACUUUACCCCUUUGUGCCUCUGCCUUCCGUCCGUCAACGUUCUCGACGAACAUGAGAAAACGUCCGACACGGACGAGUACGAUCCGAAGGAGAAAAAUUCUACGAAAAGCGCGUGGAUAGGAUGCGCGGAAGGGUUGAUAAAGUGCACGUGGGACGAUAAGCAGGCACACGAGGAAAAACAUACAGCGGAUAUCGUCGAAUGCGAUAUUUUGAAUUGUUCGCACGUGCACGACGGCCCCGUCACAGAAAUCGUACGAUCGUCGCAUCUUCAGGAAAUACUCUUGACGAUCGGUGGACAAGUGUUCGCAAUUUGGAACGACGAUCAUACGGAUUCUCCUUUAUUUUGGAGGAGGACUUCCUCUCGAUACACUAGCUGUUGUUGGGCCAACGAACCCGGGGUAUUCUUGCUCGGUAACGAUGAGGGUAGUCUCGAAAUGUGGAACGUAAAGGGCGAAUCGAAUCAGCCGAUAUUUACGCAAGUCGUAUCGUUGAAAUCGAUCACCUAUCUAAUCCAGUUACAGUCCUGCGUAUUCGGUAACGAAGGUUCGAAAAUGAUCGGUAUCGGCGAUCGUGGGGGAUGGUUUCGCGCGUUCAAAGAACCAGAGAUUUUUCGCGGCGAUGUCGCGACGGAAAGAAUGGAUUGGUUCGAGGAAUACGCGUGGAGAGAAGCACGAAGGAAGAAACUUUUCACCAGCUGGCAGAAUAAUUUUCUAGCUAACGAUCCAGUCGUGGUAGCAAAGAGAUCAGCUAGGCGUGACGAGGGACAUAAAAGGGAAGCGAAAGAAGCUAGGGAAAUGCUUCGGAGAGAGCAGGAAGCACGUUUGAGACUGCAAGCGGAGAAAAGGGCACGAAGCGCACCGGUUCCAAAACACGUCGCAUGGAUGUCCAAGGAAUUCGACAGAAUGAAGGAUGUUCUUUUGAACAAAAAGAAUUUAAUUCCCUCCGAGAUCGAGGCGAAGAGACUUGCUUUUGUCGCUUUGAAAGCAGAAAGGGACGUGAAAUUGGGAAAAGUGAACGACAAAAUUGCUCGUCGAGACGAAUAUCUUUUAAACGCGUUAUCGCGAAAAUUCCCCAAGUUACUCGAACCGAGGGUGAAAGCUUCGGAAUUCGAGGAAUUUAUUCCGAUAGAUCUCGGAAAAUCGGUUGACGAUUACGCUAAAAAAUUUGCCGAAAUACGACGUAAAGCUAACGAGCUAUUAGCGAAUAACUCGACCUCUUGAAUUGUCGGUGUUUCCUUUAUACUCGUAGAAAGAUAUUCGAAU